UAGUCUUUAUGAGUUGUCAAAAAUUUUGAAGUGGAAAAAAAUGGCGUUGACGUUUUUAGUUUUUGACGGCUGUCAGAUUCUUUUACGUCAGGCUUUCAUUUCCGAUAGGAGUUUGUUAGCAGGCAAGUAAUUCCAGUAAAAAAUGGCGAAAACAAAAAAGGUUGAGAAGCGUAACAAAUCUGCCAUCAAUGAGGUAGUAACGCGCGAGUGCACAAUUCACUUGUCGAAGCGUGUGCACAACAUCGGUUUCAAGAAACGUGCACCACGCGCGAUCAAGGAAAUCCGCAAAUUUGCUGAGAAGGAAAUGGGCACCAAUGAUGUGAGAAUCGAUACUCGCCUGAACAAGCACAUCUGGAACAAGGGUAUCCGUUCUACUCCAGUGCGCGUACGUGUACGUCUUGCUCGUAGGAGAAACGAUGAUGAGGAUUCACCCAAUAAAUUGUACACCUUGGUGACAUACGUGCCAGUUGCCACAUUCAAAAAUUUGCAAACAGAAAAUGUAGAAUCCAGCGAUGAUUAAAAAUAAGAUUAAUGAAAAGUUGCAUGUAUCAUUGCAGUUAAUUAAUUAAAUCGUCCGGGUUUAGAAAUUUAUUAAAUAUAAAAAAUAACGUUAAUAAAUUCAUUUUUUAAUGCAAAA